AUGUCCAGGAGUGGAUUGAUUAAACAUCUCAUGAGUGACCUGUUAUUUCUUGAUUCAUCACAUUUUGCCAAGCUCUUGAACCAAUGUGCUCGCUCUAAGUCAGCUAGAGACACGAGUUGUGUACAUGCCUGCAUAAUUAAAUUGCCCUUUGCCUCAGAAACGUUUAUCCAAAAUAGGCUCAUUGAUGUGUAUGGGAAAUGUGGCUGUGUAGAUGUUGCUCGCAAAUUGUUUGAUGGAUUGCUCGAGACAAAUAUUUUCUCUUGGAACUCCAUCAUUUGUGCAUACACGAAAUUUGGAUUUCUUGAUGAUGCUGUAGAUAUCUUUGAGAAGAUGCCUGAAGUUGACCAAUGCUCAUGGAAUUCUAUGAUUUCAGGUUUCGAACAACAUGAUUGCUUUGAUGAAGCUUUAAAUUAUUUUGCUCAAAUGCAUAGUCAUGGUUUUCAGAUGAAUGAAUAUUCAUUCGGCAGUGCCCUCAGUGCUUGUGCAGGUUUACGAGAUUUGAAAUUGGGUUCCCAAAUCCACAGUUUAAUAUAUAGGUCAAAUUAUAUAUCAGAUGUGUAUAUGGGCUCUGCUCUAGUAGAUAUGUACUCUAAAUGUGGGAGAGUUGAUCGUGCUCGAAGUGUUUUUGAUGGAAUGACCGUAAGAAGUAGAGUUUCUUGGAACAGCUUGAUUACAUGUUAUGAACAGAAUGGUCCAGUUGAUGAGGCUCUUGUUAUUUUUUUUGAAAUGAUCAAAUGUAGGGUUGAAGCUGAUGAAGUAACACUUGCUAGUGUUGUUAGUGCAUGUGCAACUAUCUCAGCGAUCAAAGGUCAGCAGAUUCAUACUCGUGUUGUGAAAUGUGAUGAAUUUAGAAAUGACCUUAUUUUAUGUAAUGCAUUGGUUGAUAUGUAUGCUAAAUGUAACAGGAUUAACGAGGCUAGAAUAGUUUUCGAUCAUAUGCCAAUUAGGAGUGUGGUGUCUGAAACCUCAAUGGGUGUACACAAAAUGGAGAGAAUGAAGAGGCACUUGAAUUGUGUCUCAUGGAAUGCUAUGAUAGUUGGAUAUGCACAAAAUGGCUUUGGUAAUGAGGCCCUUGGAGUUUUCAGUAAAAUGUUAGAAUCAGGAGAGAAACCAGAUCAUGUCACAAUGAUCGGUGUUCUUUGCGCUUGUAGUCAUGCUGGGCUGCUUGAUGAAGGCCGCCAUUACUUUCGAUCCAUGAGUGCACAAUAUGGUUUGGUGUCAUUAAAAGACCAUUAUACAUGUAUGGUUGAUUUACUAGGUCGAGCUGGCUGCCUUGAAGAAGCAAAAGAUAUAAUAGAGGAAAUGCCGAUGCAGCCUGAUGCUAUCAUCUGGGGAUCCUUGCUUGCCGCUUGUAAAGUCCAUCGGAACAUCAAAUUGGGGGAAUAUGUAGUAGAGAAGCUUUUAGAGGUAGAUGCUGAGAAUUCUGGGCCAUAUGUUCUUCUCUCGAAUAUGUAUGCUGAACGUGGAGAUUGGGGGAAUGUUGUGAGAAUAAGAAAGCUGAUGAGAAAGAGAGGAGUGGUUAAACAUCCAGGUUGCAGUUGGAUUGAAAUUCAGGGUCAGAUGAAUGUUUUUAUGGUUAAGGAUCAAAGAAAUCCAAAGAAGAAAGAAAUCUACAUGCUUUUGAGAACACUUCUACAACAGAUGAGACGAGCUGGAUAUGUCCCAUAUGUUGGUAGCAAUGAAAUUGAUGAAGAACAGCUUGAAGAACAUGACAAUGCCCUCAUCUUACUAAAUUGA